AUGGAAAGCCUGCAAAUAGCUAGCUGGAAUGUGAAUGGGUGGAAGAAGAGCUGCGAGUUAAUAAAACAUAGGGAAGUCACAGUGGCCCAGUUUCUGAGCAAGCUUCACAUUGACAUCCUAUGUUUGCAAGAGACUAAGACGAACGACUCGAUCAUAGAAAAUGAUUUCCGCUUGUUAGACGCAUAUUCGGAUGAAUAUGAAACGUACUGGACGUGUUGCAAGAAGAGGGGUGGGGAGAAAAUACAGAAGGGGUACUCUGGGCUUGCUACUUACGUGGGGCAUAAGGCGAAAGUCAUUUGUUGUUGUAGUGACCCCUUCCGGAACUUUUUCUUUUCCGCGGAUGGCUUUUCGGAGGGGGACCUGCUGGUCUCGAGGCGCUUCCCGCGGGACAACUCGUCUGUAUCGUUUUACGCGCCGGGGGUUAGCGGCGGGGGUAGCUUCUAUAAUGGUGGAGAGGGGGGAGGGGCACCGCGCCAAAUCGGCCCCCCGGGCGCCCCCCACCGGCGAGCGAGCGACCUAUUCAACGAGGGCAGAGUGCUCAUCACCAUCCACCAGCAGUUUGUCCUCGUCAAUGUAUACGCCCCCUACUCUGGGUGCAACUACAACCGCCUGGACUACAAAAUGAGGUUCCUCCACGCCGUCCGAUGCAAGCUCCUCGAGCUGAGAAUAACCACGGGUCUUCCAAUCAUCCUCGUGGGAGACCUCAACAUAUCCUUCCGAAACAGGGAUGUGCACUACCUAAAUAAUGUAGUAAAUCUGGAGGAGCUACAAAAACGUAUGAACAAGGUCAGCAUACGGGAGGAGCUAAAGCAGAGGAUAUCCAGGCAGAUCCCCCUCAUCAUCCAAACUUUGAGCAACCGGGACAACUUCCUCAUUAAGAAGCAGAAGGCAGAAAAUGGCGAGUCGUUUCGGCUGUACUUGAAGUUUAACGGGGAGGUCAAGAGAGUCGGGGCGAGCUUUACUUCGAUGGAAGAAAUUUUUUUUUUUUUCUCCCUGGACCCCGUGUUCGUGGAGGACAAGUACGCGGGGGUCUACCCGAACGACUUUUUCUUCUCCCUCCGGGCGCCCGGGGGGGGAAGCGGAGGAUUGGGCAGCGGAGUGGGGGGAGACGAGGGAAGGGAAAGUGAGGGAAUUGUCCACAGUGGUGAGGACCACAGCGGAAGCGAACAUAGCGGGGAGGACCACAACGGGGAGGACCACAACGGGGAGGACCACCGCGACCACCGCGACCACCGCGACGUGUACCACUCCUUCGCCAAGGAAAACGAACGGGUCUGCUCCCACCUCAUGCAGAAGGAAAAUGCCCCGAUGGAGGACUACCUCCUCCGGAGGGGGGAAGAAAACGUUAAACAUAAUUUGAAGAGUGCCACCCAUGGGGAGUGCAGACGGCUCCUGUGUAGGUACUCCUUCCAGAGCUGCGCCGAGGGAAGGUACAACGUUAAGAGGGCCAAUACCCUUUACUUAAAGCACCUAAAUGAUAUCCUCAUCUCAUUGGGGACGUUCCUUUCGAAGGAGGAUCUACUGAAUUUGGCCAACGCCGUUGGGCAUUCUUCCUCCCCCGAGUGCUGCACCAACUUUGUGAAGAACCUAAUCUGUGAGGAUAGAAUGGUAGACACUUUCUCCUUUUUCUACCCCUCCCUUAAUGGGAAAUUCACUUGUUGGGACACCUACAAGCAGCACCGCAUAAGCAAUGAGGGCUCCCGCAUCGAUUACAUUUUCGUGGACUACGUUCUCUACGCGCGUCUGAUUAGGGGGCACCCCCACUUGUACGCGUCCCCAGUCGUGUUGACGGACGAGCUGCGGGGCUGGCUGCGCGGGGAAGCGGUAAGCGGCAAAUCGAACGAAGUCGUGGCAACCGAUGGUGGGGCCACCUCCCCCCGGCUUCUCUACCUGUGGGUCAAUUCCCCCGAGAACAACUGCAACUACGCCAACUACUUCAACCGGCUGAAAAAAAAAACGGGAAGAGUCCCCACGGAGGAAGGAGAGUCAAGCGGGAACGAAGACGACGUUUACCACUUCCAAUUUAAGCUCCCCAGUUACAUCGGCUUCAUCUACACCUCCCCGAGACUCAGCGACCACAUAGCAGUUAACUGUACCUUCAUGACCAAGGCAAAAUCGGGUGAAGAAAAAGAGAAAAGGAAAAAAAGGGAUAUACCCAUAUGCUUUUCCGAAGAAGCUACCAUACCUCUACGCAGCUUCUGCUCCUCAGCAGAGCAGUAUACUUCCCUUUUGCCGCUCUACCUAAUUGAGACUCCCCUUUUUUCUAAAUACGCCUUCAAGUGUUUACACCCCGUUCAUGCGCGUGGCGGCACGUGUCCCAGCGUCGCGCGGGCGCAGCCCCACAAAAAGACGAGCAAGAUAACGCAGUACUUUAGCAUAAAGAGGGGCAAGCGGUAG